UCAAACCAUGGCUGCUUCUGUGGAACCGCUUGUAGUUGGGCGAGUGAUAGGAGAUGUUAUAGACAUGUUUGUUCCCUCAGUAAGCAUGUCCGUCUACUAUGGCCCAAAGCAUAUUGCUAAUGGCUGUGAAAUCAAGCCUUCCACCACCAUCAAUCCUCCCAAAGUCCUCAUCUCAGGCCCCUUUCACGAACUCUUCACUCUGGUAAUGACUGACCCAGAUGCACCAAGCCCCAGUGAACCCAACAUGCGUGAACUAGUCCAUUGGAUAGUGGUUAAUAUUCCUGGUGGAACAAACCCUACCCGUGGGAAAGAGAUACUUUCUUACGCGAACCCUCGUCCACAUUUAGGCAUACACCGCUUCAUCUUUGUGUUGUACAAGCAGAAGUAUGAGGUGAAUGAUGUGGAGGAGCCGGAGCCGCGCAGCAACUUUAGUACCAGAGCUUUUGCCAAUAAUCUCGAGCUCGGAGUUCCCGUGGCUACCGUCUACUUCAAUGCCCAGAAGGAGCCGGCAAGCAGGAGACGCUGAAUAUAAUAUGUACUCUUUUGGGUCUG